GUGCGGCGUCACUUCCGCUACUUCCGCUUCCGGUCGCGAGCGGCCAUUUCCACUCCUUCCGAGCGACGUCCCGGCCGAGGCCAGGGCCUCUCUCGAGUCGGCUGCGCUCCUUGAGGGCUGGCGAGAUCGAGGAGCCGCAGCCAUGACUGAGGCUGAUGUUAAUCCAAAGGCCUACCCCUUGGCAGAUGCCCACCUCACCAAGAAACUAUUAGACCUUGUUCAGCAGUCAUGUAACUACAAGCAGCUUCGGAAAGGAGCCAAUGAAGCCACCAAAACCCUCAACAGAGGCAUCUCUGAGUUCAUUGUGAUGGCUGCAGACGCAGAGCCCUUGGAGAUCAUCCUGCAUCUUCCACUGCUGUGUGAAGAUAAGAAUGUGCCGUAUGUGUUUGUGCGCUCCAAGCAGGCCCUGGGACGGGCCUGUGGGGUCUCCAGACCUGUCAUUGCCUGUUCUGUCACCAUCAAAGAAGGCUCACAACUGAAACAACAGAUCCAGUCCAUUCAGCAGUCCAUUGAAAGGCUCUUAGUCUAAACCAGUGGCCGCUGCCACACUCCCCUGUGACUCGUCCCUCUGGGGUUGCAUAUCAUACUGUCUGUGUUAGCAUGUAGUAUUGCCAGCUACUACCCUCUAUUGUUAUAAAAUAUUGUAGUACUAAAUCUGGUUUUUGCAUUUUUGUAUUGGCUUUUGUUUGUUUUACAGGUCAUCGUCCCUCUCUCUGCCACCCAGUUUCCCCUUUAGAACUCUGUCUGCCAUUUUACCCUCCCUUUUGGAAAAUGAACUAAUGCCUAGAACAGGUGGAAGCAGAGUGAUGACACCAUCCAAAGGCAGGGAAGAGCCAGGUUAGAGAUCUGGUUUUAGCUUCCAGGCACUAAGUUACUGUUGUAUGCAGGGCGUGAUGGAAAUAAGUGCCAACCCCUUUGUAGCCUUUGUGCCCAGCAUACAAAAUAUUCCCCAUGCUUGCUCUCUGGGAGUAUGUAUCACUGGGGAGGAAGCAUGUAUUCUGUGAGGUCGUUAAGUGUGUGUCCAAGUGCCCUUUGCUAAUGUACCCUUGCUGUUUGCUGCGGUAAUGUGUUAUGUUCCCCACCCCCAACUCCCAGCCGUGUCCCUGAUGGUGGCAGGGCAGCAGUAUACCAGAGAGAGGUGCUGCACAAUUCCAGUGGUAACCUGGGCGAGUGAGACAUGGGGAGUUGACCUAGAAAGGAGUCUGGAGUGGCAAGGAAAAAGAGGGGUCACCUGGUGCUGGAAUGAAUGAUUCUGAGCAACUCGUGGAGACCUAACUAGAAGCUGCAGCAGAUGGUGGGACCCAAGGAAACAUUCUCUCUCUGGUGAAUGGCGAUUUCUUCAGUGGACACUUGGCACCAGCUCUGAGAGUCUGUUUCCUGCCACAGUAUGGGUCAAAUGUAUGUAUGCUUUAUCACAUCAGGACAGUGCAAAUGUGUCAUUCUUGUGAGUGUCUUAAUAAAUAUAUUCAUAUGCCAGUUUUUAAAAA